AUGUCCGACGCGAGUAGGCUGAUUCCCGAGGAAGAUCGGGCAAAAAAGCGAAAGACGACCGUCAACUUGCCGAAAAUCGUUGGGGAGCGAUCGAAGAUGAAUGACAUCGCCUCAUCUGUUAGGGCGCUAAAAAAAGUAGAGCGUGAUGCGUUCCGAAAGAUCUUCGACGAAUUCGACAUUAUCAAAUCGGGAACUUUGACUGCCGAAGAGCUGCACGCGUGCAUCAACAAACAAGCUGGGUACGAAGCGCUCACCUACAGCGAGGUCAUGGAAGUCCUCGCGGACAUGGACGUGAAAGGAACUGGAGAGAUCGAGUUUGAUGAGUUCAUCUACUUCAUGACUCGUCCUCAGAAUCUGAGCAAAAUGCUUGACAACGAGGAUCGAGAAAUGAUCGAGAAGAAGACCGGCUACUCUCUAUCGGCGGAUGAAGAAAUUAAUAAUCGCGGAAAAGUACUUUUCGAAGUGUUGCGCGGCGUCCUUCGCAAUGGCGACAACGCCGACAUCAAGAACUUCUACAGAGACGAGAUCAUCAACAAAAUGAACGAUCACGUCAUCGAUCACUGGUCCAACGGUAAACGAUGUAUCGGUCUCAGCAAUGCCGAUAUGAUGAAGCGAUACGAAAAAAUUCUCCAGUCGAACCCAAAAAACUCCUUUGAACGCCAAUCGCCAUAUGCGAAGCCCUUGAUGUGGGGAGUUCGCGAGUUGAAGAACGACUUGCGCAAGCAGCGAGUCCAGCUUGAAAACAUGUCCAAGCUACGAAAAGAAGGUUCUAACAUGAAGCCUAAACGAGUGAAAGUGAGAGAAAUGGAGAUUACUGUCAAAGCAGUUCCUCUUCCCACUUACAAGAUCAAGAAAGACUCACACCCCGACAAGUUUACCUACGAUGACCUUAAGCAGAUAAGGAUCAACGUCUCCAAGCUCAUGGACAAGUACUAUGGCUACCUCCGUCAAACUGCAAACGAUAAUACGCAGUUUUUCUACGGCGCUGUUGCGAUUGAUCAGAUCACCAAUGAGCACAAUCGAAACAUGACUACUUUGGCCUUCCAGAGUUAUUGCAACCCAUUCGUCAUCGCGCCAUGGGUACCCCGACCCUUCCCCACAUCGUGGGUCGCCUCGCGCAAAGCAAGAUUUUUCAAGAAGUUCUAA